GCUGAAAGAACAACUCAGCGGGAAGCAAAGGAGUUGUGAUUGUCAGCGUGACCCUGAACACUCUCAUUUUUCUUAUCUUUAAAGUGAUGGUAAUACCGGUUCACUGUAGUGUACAGGUCUCCUUUUUCCCCCCAGCCAUCAAACAAUGAAUACCACCCCAGGCACAGUGGGCAGUGACCCUGUCAUCUUAGCAACUGCAGGCUAUGACCACACGGUGCGCUUUUGGCAGGCUCACAGUGGAAUCUGCACUCGAACGGUGCAGCAUCAGGACUCUCAGGUGAAUGCGUUGGAGAUCACACCAGACCGAAGCAUGAUUGCUGCUGCAGGUUACCAACAUAUCCGCAUGUAUGAUCUCAACUCCAAUAACCCCAACCCCAUCAUCAGUUACGAUGGAGUCAAUAAGAACAUCGCCUCAGUGGGCUUUCACGAGGAUGGCCGCUGGAUGUACACAGGCGGGGAGGACUGCACAGCUCGGAUCUGGGACCUCAGGUCCCGGAACCUACAGUGUCAGCGUAUCUUCCAGGUGAAUGCACCCAUUAAUUGCGUGUGUCUGCAUCCCAACCAGGCAGAACUCAUUGUGGGUGACCAGAGCGGUGCUAUCCACAUCUGGGACCUGAAGACAGACCACAAUGAGCAGCUGAUCCCCGAGCCUGAGUUCUCUAUCACGUCUGCCCACAUUGACCCGGAUGCCAGCUACAUGGCAGCAGUCAAUAGUGCCGGAAACUGCUAUGUCUGGAAUCUGACAGGGGGCAUUGGUGACGAGGUGACUCAGCUCAUCCCGAAGACCAAGAUCCCAGCCCAUACGCGCUACGCCCUGCAAUGCCGCUUCAGCCCUGACUCCACGCUUCUCGCCACCUGUUCAGCUGACCAGACAUGUAAAAUCUGGAGGACAUCCAACUUCUCCCUGAUGACAGAGCUCAGCAUCAAAAGUAGUAACCCUGGAGAGUCGUCCCGUGGCUGGAUGUGGGGCUGUGCCUUCUCAGGGGAUUCCCAGUAUAUCGUCACAGCUUCUUCAGACAACCUGGCCCGGCUCUGGUGUGUAGAGACUGGAGAAAUCAAGAGAGAGUAUGGUGGCCACCAGAAAGCUGUCGUCUGCUUGGCCUUCAAUGACAGUGUGCUGGGCUAGACUCGGCCCCUUGAGGCUGGAUUGGGCAAUCAGGACUGCCUGGUAUAUUGGCUCUAAGAGGAUGUACCUGUACAAUGGCUAAGUUUGACUCUCAGGUCAGCCUCUGCAUGUCAGCAUGUCAGGCCAGUUGGACCUGACCAGACCACCCCUGGCCCCUCUUGGGCAACCUAGACUUCUGCCCUGGGACUCUCUCCAUGCCCAGUUUGUCGUCAGAAAGUCCACUAAGCCACACUACAUGUGCCUGGACUGGGAGUCUUUUCUCCCUUUAGAGAGACUAGACCUAGAGGGCUUGGGACUGUUGAGAAGAUCGGAAGUCGAUGCCUGUAUCCCAGGUAUGUUACCCCCACUUGCUUCAGAAAAUUACCAUUAUGGCCAGGCAAUCUGGGUUUAUUUAUCCUUACUGUCAGCUGCCUUCCAUAGGUACUGGUGACCUGGCCAGCUUGCUGACCUGUGGGACCAAAGGCCGGGAGGGCUUGGUAGGGGUCUUAGUCUGGGAGGUAAUAAAAGCAGACAGACACACAGAUGUUGCUCGGAAAGCAGAUGUCAAUGCAGAGGUAGAUCAGCCGCUGUCUCUGGGGCCCUGGGGAGAAGGGAACUUCAUGAAUCCCAAGGGCCCUCUACCCAGUACUGUCCUGCAGGAGCCAUAGGCCUCUUCACCCGACCUACCCCAACUUACCCUCUGCCCAGCGGGCCCAGUAGAUGGGCGUGUCUGCACAAAGGUGUUGCACUGAAGCUCCCACUUGGGUAGGGUCCACAGUAUGGCUUCCCAAAACUGCCAGCAGUUCCUGGGCAUAGUGGGUGUCCUGGCCAGGCACAUGUGACUCUUGGACCUGCAAAAAGACUCUGGUAGGCCACCGUAUAGUACUUCCUUGCUCCUGGUUGGGUAGGGUAUUCAUGCCCACCCCAGCCUGAUAGCCAUUCCACCUGCCCUUGUCAACAGCCUUAGUCAGGGGAAGAUAGAGCUUUCUGUUCCCCUGAAACCAGAGCCUUGGCUGGCCCAGCUGGGUUGUACAGAGGACCUUUUGUUUAUCCUCUGGCCUUGGGGGUUUGUGGGUGGCAAGCCAAGUAGUACUGCUCACCCUGGAAGUGUUCAGCAGCAGCUGCAGGGUCUUCCAAUCUUGGGCUCCCAUCAGACGGAGGAAGCAGGCCUGGUGCUCUGCAGGGCGGUAACAGAUGUAGCCCUAGGGGAGCAGAUAGGUAAGUCGAGGCCACCCCUAACACCUUCACUCUUACCCCCCCCAAAGCCCACUCACACUUUGCCCGUCGAACAGCACGGCCCAGCUGUGGUUGCUUUGAAAUGGAGUCACCACAAUGGUCGCCAUGUUCUGAGCCAGGUCCACUAGAGUGGUUUGGUUGGGCCAGGGUACCCUGGAGCUUGGGAAGGUCUUUCGGAGCAUCUGCAGCAACGGCUAAGGGGUAUUUUGGGAUUCAGCCUUAACCUACGUUUCCAUCCUUCUGGUUCUCUUACUAUCUGCUCAAGGCUGGUCUUUAGACCGGACCCCAUGCAAGAGCUGACACGUACUGGCCUUCCUGCCCUUUUACCACUCUCUAUAUCCCCAGGCUUGAAGAGGUGCUUACCUUGGGAGGGCUGUACAUGAAACCAAGAAGCCCUCCAGCCAUAGCCCCUGCAGUGAGCAGUGUCAGCAGCAACAGCAGACCUGCUGCUCUCCAGCCCCUAUGGCAGGGUUUAGUCUUCACCUGAGGGCACAGUACUGGAUGUGUGGCUUCUGACUUAGAGACUUGGGAGCCGACUUGCUCAGGGAAAGGGCUGAGAAUUGUACGUGGUGACAUUCCUGUCUCCUUCUUUGGCAUCCUUGGGUUCUUGUCUUGGGGGUGGUAGAGACACUUACCUCAACAGGCUUGGACCCCAGGGUCUCAGUGUGGAAGUGCUCUUGCUUCAUGCUGCAGCCCCUGCUGACAGUGCACUGAUUGUCUGCAGCCCCUUGGAGGAGUCAGCCAGGGAAACCUCUGGAUGCCUUUGAUGAAUCAAACUGUAUCCUCCCCUCCCAACCCCACUGUUUCCUUCCCAGCCAGUAUCUGAUAUCCUGUCUCAGAGCCAGGACAACCCUCUCCCCCACUUGUGAUUGCUGGUCACCAGGUUUGUCACUGGACUCUUGGCUUGUGCAGAACAUGGGGUCUUAAGAGUGUGAGAGCCAGCCCUGAAGCAGAACUGGCUAGGUCUUGGCUAGGAUGAUUUUUGCCUAGUUGGGCAGAUUGUUUUCUUGGUGUCCAUUACCUCCGGACUCCUGAAGCAGACACAGGAACCAUAAAUAAAUGUAUCCGAACCAUCA